GUUUAACCAUAUAAAUGACCCAAAAAGCUUGAAGAUACAAACAAACACCCAACAAUGGCAGCAGCUUUAUCAUCAAUGGCUUCCAUGGUGGGGUGGAAAGCCACCAACAGAACAGAAACCUUCACCUCCAGAAGAAGAUACAACAAUGGCUUCUCAGUCCGUGGUCAACAGCAAGUGCAAGAAUCAACUUCACUGCAACAAGAAGAAGUGAAAGAAGAUAAACCAGUGAAGAAGGGAGCGACGGAGCCGAGGCCGGUGGAGCCGCAAACGAACGUGGAAAGCAAGAACAUGGGGCGGGAGUAUGGGGGGCAAUGGCUGAGCAGCACCACCAGACAUGUGAGGAUUUUCGCAGCCUAUAUCGACCCAGAGACUUGCGCUUUCGAUCAAACUCAGAUGGAUAAGCUGACCCUUAUCCUUGAUCCAACGGAUGAGUUCGUUUGGACCACAGAAACCUGCACCAUGGUUUACUCUUACUUUCAGGAGCUUGUUGAUCAUUAUGAGGGAGCACCAUUGACGGAGUACACACUACGACUUAUUGGUUCAGACAUAGAACACUACAUACGAAAACUGCUUUACGAGGGAAAAAUACAAUACAAUAUGAAUGCACGGGUCCUUAACUUCAGCAUGGGCAAACCUCGUAUUGGUUUCAAUUACAACGAAUACCAACUUGAAGAUGUAAAUCAGUAGCUCUUUCAACUCAAAAAAUACGAUUAUAUAGUCAUAUUCAUGUUUGUAAAAAAAAAUCAUAUUUGUUCUUGUUGAUCACAUGUGGGGAUAAUGGGAUUUGAAGCCAAGAAAUGAAAGAAGUGUGACGAAGAUGAACCGUCUUUUGCAUCA